AUGCCUCCUCAUUCCAGGUUAUCGUAUGCUGCCGACAAGUAUUCUCCGAGAGAAAUUGAUAAUCAUGGCUUCGUGGGUAAUAUGCAUACCUCGGCCAUGAUUUCUGUAGACGGAUCUGUGGAAAUGAUGUGUUGGCCACACUUUGAUUCCCCUUCAGUCUUCGCUCGUAUAUUGGAUAGCAGAGCUGGUCACUUUUCAAUUACUCCUGUGGAAGAAUCAAGUUGCAAGCAGAUGUAUGAACCUUCCACGAACGUGCUGCAUACGAAGUUUUAUUCUGAACGUGGCGUUGUUCGAUUGCUUGACUUCUUUCAUCGACAGUGGGAAGAUUACGAACCGUUAUAUCCUUGGCUUAUAAGAAGAGUUUGCUGUAUCAGGGGUACUACUCGCAUUAAACUCGAGUGUUUUCCAGCAUUCAAUUAUGCAACAGAAAACCAUGAAACCAAGAUUGCGGAUAAUCACAAUUACCUUCACGCUGAAUUCUAUCCUGCUUCUGGUGCUCCCCAUUUUAUUUUGGAUGCUAUUCCGACAGAGGAUGAUAUCGCAAUUCCUAUUGAGGUUACUCGACCAUCUGAAAGACUCAUUGAAGGAGGUGGUAUUACAUGUUAUCUAGAGUUAGAAGAGGGUCAGGAGAUAACAUUUGUGUUUCGCCAAGACCAAUAUGGUCCUAGCGUGGAUUAUAUAACGACAGAGUUAGUCGACAAACUUGAAGAUUCCACUAAAAGAUAUUGGAGAGCAUGGAUUCAACAGUGUACCUAUACUGGUCGUUAUCGGGAAUUUGUUCAAAGGAAUGCCCUUACCUUGAAGCUAUUGAUUUACGAACCCACAGGUGCAGUUGUUGCAAGUCCAACAUUUUCGUUACCAGAAGACUUAGGAGGUGUAAGAAAUUGGGAUUACCGAUUUACUUGGAUUCGCGAUUCUGCUUUUACAAUUUAUGCAUUGGCACAACUCGGAUUUCGAACUGAAGCCGUUGAAUAUAUGUCUUUUAUAUAUCACUUAUUGAAAGAAAAAAACCCGGACGGGGGUAUCAAUGUUGUUUAUUCUAUUCGAGGAAAUACCGAUGGUCUUGAGGAGAAAGAACUUACCCAUUUGCGUGGAUAUCAUGACUCUCGACCUGUUCGUAUAGGAAAUGGUGCUGUUAGUCACGUUCAACUUGAUAUAUAUGGUGAACUAAUGGAUGCUAUAUAUAUUUAUGAUAAAAAAUGCCAACCAAUUGCUUACGAUUUAUGGUUAGAAGUUCGAGAUAUAUGCGAAUACGUAUGUGACAACUGGAAACGACCUGACAAAAGCAUAUGGGAAGUUCGCGGACAAGAGAAAAACUUCCUAUAUUCAAAAAUUAUGCUUUGGGUAGCCUUGGAUAGAGCGCUCCGCAUUGCUUUUUCUAGGUCUCUUCCAUGUCCAAAAAGAACAAAAUGGAUGGAUACCAGAGAUGAAAUUUAUGAAACAAUCAUGACCUUGGGUUACAAUUCAGAAGGUGGAUUUUUCGCUCAGUCUUUUGAGACUAUUAAUAUUCUAGAUGCUGGGGUUCUUGUUAUGCCCAUGGUGUCAUUUAUUUCACCGACGGACCCUCGCUUCCUAAGCACUAUGGAUAACAUCAUGAAGCCGUUGGAGAAAAGUGGUUUAAUGAGUAAUGGUUUGAUAUUUCGAUAUAAUAACUUUGCAUACGAAGACGGUGUAGGAGGUGAUGAAGGUGCUUUUACAAUGGUCUGUUUUUGGCUAGUAGAAGCACUAGCAAUGGCAGGUUGUCGAGGAUAUCCGAAGCUUAUAUCCACCGCCGUAAGCAUGUUUGAGGACUUGGCUCGUUAUUCAAGUCAUCUUUCUAUUUAUUCAGAACAAUGUUCCCUAUCUAGUGAGUCCUUGGGUAAUAGUCCCCAGGCCUUCAGUUCAAUAGCUGCAAUUGCAGCAGCUCAUAUACUGGAUAAAGCUCUUUCUGUAUACAAUGAAUCAGGGUAA